AUGACCACCAAGUUUGUUGGGGAGGUUCAUGAUCAAAAGGGGUACGAUAUCCAUGAGGGUGAUUUUGUCUUCACUACAAGGUUGCGAGAAGGGUCGCAUGAGGGUAAGGUAGGAUUCACCUCCCCCCCCUCCUUGAAUUUCAACUGCUCUUCAGCGACACAUUUUGAUUGUGAAAAGGUCGAAACGAUCGUCAAGGAUGGAUCCAGCGCUCGUAGCGAAGGCGUCGCCAGCUACACCAAGUGGUUCAACACUCAUGUCUCAGGAUUACUUACUGAUCCACGUCACCUCUUGCAGGUGAUCUACACGGAUCAGAAUGGAGACCGAGUGGCUCAUACUCCCAACACACUACUGAAGCAGAACAGGCGAGUCUUUGAGUAA